ACUUCUUCAUAUAUAUAUCUUAGUUACCUCACCCCACCACCCCACACACCCCUCCAACACCACUUCUUCAUAUAUUUCUUAGUUACCUCACCCCUCACCCCCUCACCCCACCACCCCCACCAACACCAACUUCUUCAUAUAUUUCUUAGUUACCUCAGCCCCCAACCCCCCAACACUUCCACCAUGGUAGUCUUGUCUAUGCCAGCAACAAAUGACCAAUUCUCCAUAAUCAAGAAUUCAUGUAAAUCCCCUCCAUCAUAUUUCCCUAGUAAUAUUCCAUUAAUUGACCUAUCAAAACCAGACAUAAAGAACCAACUAGUUAAAGCUUGUGAAGAAUUUGGUUUCUUCAAAGUCAUUAACCAUGGUGUCCCUAUUGAAUUUAUUAACAAACUUGAAUUACAAGCCAUUAAAUUCUUCUCAUCACCAUUGUCACAAAAGGAAAAAACUGGUCCUCCUGACCCUUUUGGUUAUGGUAACAAGACAAUUGGACCUAAUGGUGAUGUUGGUUGGGUUGAAUACAUUCUUUUGUCAACAAAUUCUGAAUUCAAUUACCAAAAAUUUGCAUCUAUUUUGGGUGUUAAUCCACAAGAUAUAAGAUGUGCUGUGAAUGAUUAUGUAUCAUCAAUGAAGAAAAUGGCUUGUGAGAUACUUGAAAUGUUAGCAGAAGGAUUGAAAAUUCAUCCAAAGAAUGUAUUUAGUAAACUAAUAAUGGAUGAAAAAAGUGAUUCACUAUUUAGGAUAAAUCACUACCCACCAUAUUGUAGUGAUGAAAUUCAAGAAUUCAAUGGAAGAAAUUUGAUUGGAUUUGGUGAACAUACUGAUCCACAAAUCAUUUCUUUAUUGAGAUCCAAUAACACUUGUGGACUUCAAAUUUCACUUGUUGAUGGACAUUGGAUUUCUGUUCCACCUGAUCAAAAUUCUUUCUUUAUCAAUGUUGGUGAUUCAUUACAGGUGAUGACAAAUGGGAGGUUUAAGAGUGUAAAGCAUAGGGUAUUGGCCAAUAAUGUAAAAUCAAGAUUAUCAAUGAUUUAUUUUGGAGGACCACCAUUGAGUGAAAAGAUAGGACCUUUGCCAUCACUAUUAAUGAAAGGGGAUCAAGACAGCUUGUACAAAGAAUUUACAUGGUUUGAGUAUAAAAAAUCAGCAUAUAAAUCUAGAUUGGCUGAUAAUAGGUUGGUCCAAUUUGAGAAAGUAUAGUGUAUAGCCAACAUCAUAAUGAUUUUUUGAUAUUUUAUUUUUGUGAAAGUCCCACACUUUGUUUGUUGUUAGCAAGUAUGGGUUGUCAAAUGUAGUUCAUUGGAUCAUUUGAAUAGAUAGAAGAGUAAUGGAUUCUUUUCCACCUGAACUGUAAACGAAAUUGUUGAGACAAAUUUCAACUUAAAGGGGGUCUUAUUACCCAUCUGGAUUUGAUUAAAAUAGUAUUUUUAGCAAUCUUAAGUGCCUACGUGGAUCUUCAGUAUGUUGACUCACGCAGUCACACAGGCCUUAAGGUUGCCAUAAAUACGAUUUAAUUAGUCCAUGAGGGUAAUAGGGCCCCCUUUAAGUUGGAGUGUGUCUCAAAAAUUUCGUUUAUAGUUCAGGGCAGAAAUAGUGCAUUUUCUCUAGAUAGAAAAAUCUAUAUCUUUUUAGUCAUAGAUUCGAGUAGUGAAAAUAGUCGUUAAAUAUUUGUACUAGAAUAGAUUGUCUACAUCACGUUCUUUAGAGUGGCUUUUUUUAGACCCUGAUAACACAAGAUGCUUUGUAAUUACUUGUCUUGUUAAUAAUACAAGUUCAAAGUCAUCAUAA